CGCUAAUUAAGAGAAGCUCGGGAGUCGGCGGCUCCUUUGUCUCCAGUGUUGCUGCACCUCAUCAAUCUACCUCAUGUAUCCAGUUACGUAAACGUGACAAACACAGCAAAAGCGAUAUCGACCAACUGCAAUACGUACGGAAUAAGCCGAUUUGAGUCUAGGAGUUCUCGCUCGGCGUCAUGGCAAGGCUUAAUUUGGCUUCGGCAACAAGCCGCCCCCAACCCCGCAAAUUGAAACUCAUUUUCCUCCCCAUUUCGAGAUGGAAUAACCAGGAAUUCGUUACAUGUAUAUUCUAGGAACACAUUGGCGCGCGCAUUUACCCAAGCUACCUUAUUUUGGACUUUUUCAUCACAUUCAAUUACAUUCCUACGAGCCUGCUAAUUAUUGUGACUUCUCGCAUCUCAGGCAGUCGAGCUUGGAUCGAUUCGCAUAUUCGGUAGCUUUCUUGAACGUCCCCGGGCCGUUCUAUCUCGUGACUAUUCUAUAAUUCUAACCGCUAUUAGGCUCGGGUUAGUAGGUAUUUCAUUAUAUUGGCCCUGGAGAAGGCGAAUUACCCGAAUUACGGUUCAUUCUUUUGUUAACUAGUUAACUAAGAUUUCUCCCGCCUUGGUAGGGAACUAUUAUGUAUUGGCGCUAAAAUAAAGCCCCAUUUGGGUGGUAAUUCUGUCUGUAUAUCUGGCCGCAUCAAUCUGAUUCUUCACGGUGUCAUGUUCAG